CAGGUUGAAGAUAAUAUAGAAAAAGGUCAAUAUUCUAACGAGAUAGAAUUGAUCAGAGCAAAUUCUGAACAAGCCAUCCCACAACAUCUUCGAAAACUUCGUGGUGGUGGUGGUAUUAUUGGUGCGGCAAUUGGUUGUUUCUGUUGUAUAUCAAUUAUAAUAGCUGUUAUUAUUUUACCAUUAUAUUACACCGGACAAAUUGGUAAAGACGCAUUAAAGUAUACACCAUGA